UCAGAUGAACGUUUUCUUGAAGACGGGGAAGGGAAAGCUCAUUCUUCUGGAGCCCGUGGCACCGCCGGGCCCUGACGAGGACCCAGGAGACGCCUGUCACAGGAGGGGGAGGGUCAGGUGCUGGACCAGCUUCGCUUCAUGACACAGAGGAGCCGAGCGCCGCCCUCCCAGCUCCUUUCCUCGGUGGAACGUGGUGCUGUGCGGUCCGGGGUCAGGGACCGUUCUUCUAACACUGAUGCAACUUCAUCCGAACAGCGCGUGGCCACAUCCAGCUGGACCAGGGCCGGAGGCCAGACAGAGGAGACGGAGCCAGAGCUGUGAAAUAUUGGUCUGUCUCCGUGCUCGCGCAGCCCUUGCCAAGUGUGUGGACGGGGAGACAGUCCUUGCUUAUUUACUCAAGACACAGAGCGGAGACGGGAAACGCGAUGGGCUGCCUUCACCGCUUUUGAAAGAGGAGAGCUGAGAUUCGAGCUGGCGUUCCCUGGGGCUCUUCUCCCUGUUUCUUUUCUUCUGACCGAGAGCCCUCGCUUUCUAAGAUGGCAUGUGGUCUUCGUUAACAUCCCCAACUCCGGCCGUUGCCAUCUGUGCAACAAGGAAGUUUCCAUCCUGUCACAAGGCACCUUGGGUCCGGAGGAAGCUGCGUGGCAAGAGGCGGCUGGUCAUGGCCUCCUGCCUCCUGAUGACGCUGUCUGUGCUGGCUGUCACCCGCUUCCCCGCUCAGCCUCAGGCCGCCAUGGAGCCCCAGGGCGUCACCGGCACCCCUGGCCCCCACGCCCCGCAGGCGCUGAGCUCUCGCUGGAGGCAGUGGACAAGGAACCUGCGAUUCUGGAGAGGCUGGGCCCUGCCCACGAGCCCCGACCCGGUGUGUGCUGAGGGGCAAGGCCACCGAGGGCGAGUGGACAGCAGCAGGUCCCCAGGAGGGGACAGCGGGCAUGUCCGGAGGGUCAAGAGGGACAUUGCGUUGGCAUCUCUCGGAGAUUUGAGACUCAGGACCCCGCGUCUUGUGCCCCUGAGGGAGGAUGAGGUCAGGAGUCCAGGAGCCAAAGACCUGCGACCCCCUUGGGAGGAUGGUCCCAUCUGGGAGGCACAGAGUGACACAGGCGCCCUGGUCAGCCCCGUCACAGGGCACCAGAGAGCAGCUGCUGGACCGACCCUGUGGCCCCAUCCAGGGAGAGGCAGGGAUCUGCCAGAAGCUGGGAGCAGAGCCUUGACUGGUGGGCAGCAAGCAGGGGAUCCCAGCCCGGCCACGGGGACUCGUCGGUGGCCUGACUCCAUUGGGGAGCUGCAGGGAUCCAUGUGGUGUGCCCCCGAGACCCCUGGGCUGUUGACCGGCUCGGGGACCGACGGCCUGGUGCCCCCAUGGUUCACGGAACAUGAUGUGCAGACCCUCCGGCUGUUGGCCCAGGGGCAGGUGGUGGGCAAAGCCAGGGUCCCCGGCCACGGGCAGGUGCUGCAGGUCGGCUUCUCCGCUGAGGGUGCCCUUCCGGACGCGUCUCCUGGGCUCAGCGGACUCUGCUCCCAGGGACUCUGUGGCCUGAUCAAGAGGCCCGGGGACCUGUCCGAGGUCCUGUCCUUCCACGUGGACCGCGUGCUGGGGCUGCGCCGGAGCCUGCCGGCUGUGGCCCGACGCUUCCACAGCCCCCUGCUGCCCUACCGCUACACAGACGGUGGCGCCAGGCCCGUCAUCUGGUGGGCACCUGACGUACAGCACCUGGGUGACCCUGACAAUGACCAGAACUCUCUGGCCCUGGGCUGGCUGCAGUACCAGGCCCUGCUGGCCCAUGGCUGCAGCGAGCCAGGCCAGGCGCCCUGUCUGGGCAUCCGCCAUGCUGAGUGGGCACGCCUGGCUCUCUUCGACUUCCUGCUCCAGGUCCAUGACCGCCUGGAUCGCUACUGCUGUGGCUUUGAACCUGCGCCCUCAGAGCCCUGUGCGGAAGAGGGGCUCCGGGAGAAAUGCACAAACCCGGGCGAGCUGCGACUGGUCCACAUCCUGGUCCGGAGCAGCGAUCCAUCUCGUCUGGUCUACAUCGAUAACGCCGCCCACCUUCAGCACCCUGAGGACAGGCUGAACUUUCGGCUGCUGGAGGGCAUAGAUGGGUUCCCUGAGUCCGUCGUGAAGGUUCUCCAGUCAGGGUGUCUACAGAAUAUGCUGCUCAAGUCGCUGCAGGUGGACCCGGUGUUCUGGGAAAGCCACGGCGGGCGACGGGGCCUGAGGCAGGUUCUCCAGACCCUGGAGCGGCGAGGACAGGUCCUUCUGGGACACAUCCAGGAGCACAACCUGACAGUCUUCAGGGACGAGGACCCGUGAACCCCACACUGCCCAGGGGGGCUCUCGCCUCGCUGGUGGGGGGCUCACAGCACGACCUGAUUGGACGAGCACCCGUGCUGAUGGCCACACGUCCUUGGGCCCGCCCAUCUUGACGACAAAUGGAAAGAGCCAGAGCCAGAAGGGCAGCACGGAUGCCUCGGGCCAUGCCACCUGCUUGGAAGAAGUAGGGGUGUUGGGUUUUCAAUCUCACUGCAUUCUCUUCUGCCUGCUCAGCAAUGGUUAUGUACUUCCUUGCACCAAUAAAGACAUUCAAGAAUGUUC